AAUAGCUGCCAGCAAUUAGCAACAACCCUCAAUUUACUUCCCGGGAUCUCUGUAUUGAACACCACACAUAUCACAAAUGGCACUCAAAUUGCGCUCCCGGACCUCGUACCCUCAUGUGCCAAUGCGGCAAGCUAUAAUUUGGCUACCGCGACAACAGAUAUGUGCCGAGUAAUCGUGAAUGCCAGUUCCAGUGCAUCCAGCACCAAUCGUAUCGAAGCCUGGCUACCAGAUAAGUGGAAUGGACGGUUCCUAGCGACAGGUAAUGGCGGCACCGGCGGUUGCAUCGACUAUGGCAAUCUACAGAACGGUGCAAGUUUCGGCUUUGCUACCUUUGGCACGAACGGAGGACAUGACGGACAGUCUGGCCAUGAUUUCUUCCUCAACAAGCCCGAGAAUAUUAAUGACUUUGGAUAUCGCGCGAUUCACGUCGAAGCGGAGACGGGCAAGCAAGUGGUCGAGCAUUAUUAUGGCCGAAAAGCAGAUUACAACUACUACUCGGGCUGUAGUACUGGUGGCCGUCAGGGCUUCGAGGAGGCGAUACUGUAUCCAGAAGAUUUCGACGGCAUUCUUAUCGGAGCAGUAGCCGUGGACUGGCUCCGUAUUGUGGCUUCGAAAGGUCUUCUUGCGCGACGCCUUGGCUGGCCAGACCUCGCGUCACCCAGCUACGUUUCUGCCGCGCAAUGGGCAGCGAUUGUUACUGCACAGGUCGCCUUGCUAGACCCUCUGGAUGGCGUUAAAGACGGGAUCAUCGACAAUCCGACACUCCAUAAUUUCGACCCAUCGAUGCUUGCUUGCGGCAUCGGCGUGCUGAAUUCGUCAGUCUGCUUGAGCGCUGCGCAAGUCAACACGGUGCGUGAGAUCUACCAGCCUCUUGCCAACACCUCGGGUCAUGUUGUUUAUCCAUCUUUUGAAGUAGGCGUGCCGACUGGUGUGUUUUCCGCCAAUACUGAAGUUGUGAACGGCACGACGAUACCACGGCUAAAAUACGGUCUGGUUGAUGACUUCUGGCGCGGUGCAGUAUACAAUGACACUUCAUUCUCAGUACUAAACUUCACAACAAAAGAUAUGGAUUUUGCCACCAAUCUGAAU